GUCUUGUCUACGCUGGCUGUUUGUUUGCCCUCCUAAAAUCCAUUUACGUCAAGUGUUCAGAACUUUCCACUCUAUCAGUAUGGUCGAAGCGAAGACAUCUCCCUUCAAAACCUACUUCGACGAGGUAGCAGAGACGGAUGGUGACGAGGAGUGUAAGGCAUGGUUGGCAAGGAUUUUGGACUCGAAACAGGACUUGACCGACUUUGUCAGUCGUUGCCGGGGAGGAGAAGAAACCGGCACCUACGUCGGAUUUCUCAAAGGCUCAUUCAAUUUCAGCUUCCACGUCAGCUUCAGCGAUGGUCAAGACGUGAUCAUUCGGUUCCCAAAACCUGGCCACACAGCUUUUCGAGAGGAGAAAGUAACGAACGAGGUCCGCGCCAUGGACUACUUACGGCAGAACACCACCAUUCCUGUUCCUCGUAUACACAGCUGGGGGUUGACGAAAGAAAGCCCACAACAAUUGGGACCGUUUAUCGUAAUGGAUUUCAUUGAUGGAACACUUUUAUCAACUAUCUUAAAGCAGGCCGAUGGACAAGAUUUGGUUCUCGACCCGAACAUCGACAACGCUCUGUUGGACAAGGUCUAUCGUCAGAUUGCUGGAUACAUCCUCCAACUUUCUCAACUUACAUUCACUCAGAUUGGUGCCAUUUCGAAGGAUCGCAAUUCCAAUACCUGGCGUGUAGCGGCAAGACCUCUUACGUACAACAUGAACGAACUGGCUACCGUAGCAGGUUACCCUGACGACCAGUUUCCGACCGAGCCAUUCGACCGCACAAGCGACUACCUUACGUCAGUUGCCAAAGAGCAUUUGACCCAUCUGUGGACCCAGCGCAACAUCGCCGACAACCCGGAAAUCGCUCGAGGUCGAUUCAUAGCCCGUCAUCGACUGCUCCAUCUCAUUCCAAAAUAUUGCAUCGACGAUACAGGUCCCUUUAUCCCAUUCUGUGACGAUAUGCGACCUUCCAACAUGCUUGUUGAUCCGGAAACAUUUCGAAUCACUGCAAUUGUCGAUUUUGAGUUUACAAAUGCGAUGCCAGCGCAGUUUACAUACGAUCCUCCCUGGUGGCUACUAUUGUCCGGGCCUGAGAUGUGGUUUGAUCGUUGCUCUGCGCAAGAAUUCUUGGCUCUUUAUGAGCCUAGAAUGAAGCAGUUUCUACAAGCACUGGACCAAGUUCAAGAAGAGUUCGGAGCAGCAGUCGCGCAGCCAAAGGGCCCAAGCCUUGCUACGCGAAUGCGUGACUCUUGGGAGACGGGGCGUUUCUGGUUUGACUAUGCAAUCAGAAAGAGUUUCGACUUGGACGUUGUCUACUGGACAGCCUUGAGACGGCAUGAUGAUGAUGACAAAGUCGUAUCUCUAGAGGAUGAAAUGCGUUCAGAGUUGGAGUCAUUCCUAGAAACGAAGAUGGAGCAGCUCAGGGCAUAUAAGGAGGAGUGUCACGUACGUUUUCAUCAAGGUGAAGAUCGAUGACUACUACUUUUGAACUCGCUGAAGGGACGAAUGGAUGGAAUUGAGGAAUACAUUGGGCAACUCUUGGACUGUGGACAGUCAAUUACUCUUUGGUAUUAUCGACAUACUUCCUCCAUCAAAACUCGCAAACCAAAGUGUGUUGAUAG